AUGCCACGGGCAGCCGAGUGGGACACGGAGGAUGAGUGGUACCAAUCCAAAGUCACAAAGGAUCAUGUGAACAUCCACACUCGUCAUGUUCAUCCCCCCGCACCUCGACCCCCACCUCGGAGAGUCCAAGACGACGAGAUUUAUCGUCCCGACUACGGUCGGCGCACGACGGAGUUCUUGGCUCCGGAAGUGCACUAUACGACCGGUCUCCAUCGAACUCGCUCACAAGGCCAUGCGCCUGCUCCCAAUGUGACAAUCUACAACACCAGUCGCUUGGACAAUGAGAGCAACCCGCAGGUGCGCACCGAGCAGAAGGGUCAGGAUGCCAGUCCUCGUGGCCGACGCAUGCCUGGCGGCUUCGAGGACCUGGAAGACAAUAUCGCUGCGCUGAGAGCAGAUAUAAAGAAGGAGCACCGGUCGCGCUCUAGGCACGAGUAUGAGCAUCAACGUUCUCCCGAGCCGAACUACGAAGACAAGAUCAAGUUGACACUUGCUGAGCAACGCCUCAGAGAUCUUGAAGAUAGGCUUGAGAGGGAGCGACAGGAGCGGUACCAUCACCACUCGCCAGACCGCAGUUACGAGGACAAAGUCAAGUUGACACUUGCUGAGCAGCGGCUUCGGGACGCUGAACAGCAACUCGAAAGGGAAAGACGUCAUCACUCGCCAGACGGCUACAAAGAUAAGGUGAAACAGGCACUGUUGCAACAGCGCCUUGAGGAAGCCGAGGAGAAGCUUGAAAGGGAACGCCGAGAGGAUGAGAUGGAGCGACGGGAGGAACUGGCGAGACGCCGGGUACAGCUUGAGUUCAUCAAUGACAGAAGGGAACAUGAGAUGGAGGAGGAAAGAAUCAAGAGGCUAGAGGAGAGUAUGCGUCGCGAGUGGGAGCUGAAGCGAGAGAGGGAGGAGCGAGACCGCGAGCGACGCGAUAUUGACGAGGAGAGAAAGAAGGCUGCCAUCAUCGCCGAGAACAGGGCGAAGAUGUCCAGAGAGCAAAGGGAGGCUGAGGAACAACGCGACAAGAUGCUUGCUAAACUAGAGAGGGAGCAGAGAGAACAGGAUGACGAACGCAAGCGGAUACUCGCCGAGGCCAAGCUCAAGCAACUCCGAGAGCAACGCGAGGCCGAGGAACAGCGUGAGAAGAUCCUCUCUGAUAUGGAGAAGAAGAAGAAGCGAGAGAACGAAGAACGCCAGCGCAUCAUUGCGGAGAACACGGCCAGACUCGAGAAGGAGGCACGUGAGCGUGAACUCAAGGAAAAGGCAUUUGAAGAAGAGCGCAAGCGUAUCAUCGCUGAGAACGAAGCCAAGGUGGCUAAACAGGCAAAAGAGGCGAAGGAAGCUCAACAGCGUGCUGUCGAAGACUACCAACGGAAGAAGGCUAAGGAAGAGGCUGAAGCUCAGGCAGAGAAAGACCGUAUCAUCUACGAGUACGAGCGCAAGAAGAUCCUAGACGCCGACAAAGAAAAGCGAGCAAAGGAAGAACUCAUCAUGAAGCUCAAACUCGAAGAAGAAGAGCGAAAGCGCAAGGAAAAAGAAGAAUUCGACGCCUUCACACGAAAGCAGAAAGCGGCGGAAGAAGAAGAGAAGCGAAAGAAAGAGGCCCAGGAGAAGGAGCUCGAAGAGACGAUGCGCAAGCGACUCGCUCAAUUCGGCUUCCAAGACAACCAGAUCCAGGCACUCGUCAACCCCGAUAAGCAGAGAGAGCUCCAAGCAGGCAUGAUGCCUAACCAUCCUCUGCAUCAAAUCGCACCUCCUGCGCCUCCGCCACCACCGCAACACCACCACUCUCAUUCUCACUCGCACUCCUCUUCGCAUCAGAUCGCCAUUGCGCCUCCGCCCACUUACGCCAAGGUACACAGGAGCCAUCUCGACGUCGAGACGCUGCACUACUACGACAUCCCCUACGAAUACGACGUUAACCCCGAAUACAUCAUCGUCCUCCGCGAAAUGUCUCAACGCGAGACAGACAUCCUCUUCGAGCAUACCCGUCGUCUACGCACUGGACACGGUAGCAACUUGUUUAUCGAAUCCGAAGGCCGCGAUAGACACGGGAAGAAGGAGUAUGCUUUUGUGAGGAAGAAGUCAAGGUCGAGGUCUAGGAGUGUUGUUGGUGGAGGGUCGUCGAGUAGGACGAAUGUUAGUCUGGGCGAGAUGUUUUUCAGGUAG